AUGACUACCCACAAGACGUAUCUCAUCGCGGGUGCUACGCGAGGGAUUGGACGAGGACUCGUGGCGAAUCUCUUGAAUAGAGAAGGGAGUACCGUCAUCGCGGGCGUGAGGGAUUCUAAAGCUGAGACGGCGAGGAGUCUGGACGAGCUACCCAAGGGGAAAGGCUCGAGAUUGAUCAUCGUGGGGAUCGAUGCCGAGUCCGACACAUCCGCCUCCACGGCCAUGCACACCCUCCAAUCCACGCACUACAUCACGCACCUCGACGUCGUCAUCGCCAACGCAGGCAAAGCUAACCCGUUCGCUUCCAUCGCCGCUCUGGAUCUCAACACCGCCCGCGACCUCUUCAACGUCAACACCCUCGGUCCACUGCGCUUGUUCCAGGCCGUGUUUCCCCUCCUCAAACCCGGCGCGAGGUUCCUCGUCAUGAGCUCCAUCGCGGGUAGCAUCCAGACGGCGUUGGCUCUGCCGUUUGGUGUCGCUGCGUACGGGAUCAGUAAGGCGGCGGCGAAUUUUAUUGUUGCGAAGGCCGCGCAGGAGAAUCCCGAACUUGCCAUCACGGCGCUGCACCCCGGUACGGUGGAGACGGAUAUGUCGGUGGCGGUGAUCGAGUCUCUGGGUCGCGAGGCCUUUUCGGAUGAUCAGGGGACCUCGUUGGUGAUUACCGUGGAGGAGAGCGUGAACGGGAUGGUUGCGUUGUUGGAGAAGCCUAAGGAGGAGGUGACUGGCAAAUUUUUGGACUGGCGGGGCGAGGUGAUUCCUUGGUAG